AGGAAAAGGUGGUCGGCUCUCAAACAGAACGCACAGUUUUACGGCUGCCACCUCUCCUGGCUCCGUUUUUUGUAGCGAUUAUCCCAUUGAGCCAACAAUUAAGAAACACGGCCUAUCAAUUAUACCUCGAUUUACUGCCCGAAGUUAAUUUUUCCUUAACCUGCGAGGAGGCCCCUAAUAUUGGCAAAGCCUAUCGUCGCCAAGAUGCGAUUGGAACCUAUUAUUGUCUGACAGUCGAUUUUCAAACGGCCCAAGAUAACACCCUGACACUUCGCCACCGCGACAGCAUGAAACAAGAGAGAAUAAACAUCUCCAACCUUAAAAAUUACUUAUAUAAUUUAUAUGAAAGACACUGGUUCGAAUUCUCGCAAAAAUAG